GCAAAAAGAAACCGACAGAAAUAUCUGUCGAUUCUCGUCCGUCCGUAGCACAAUUCGGCAAGAAGAAUGAACCAAUCUCACAUGAUCAGAUGCCUCUUGGCUCUCAUCACUCCAUAGCCAUAGAGGAGAGAUUACAAUCAGAUUCUAUACGACACGAAUACAGAAUUCAAACCCGGUCGAUUUUUGCACUUUCCUUAUCCAGAGAGGUGAAGGACCAAUCAGAUGCUCAGAAUUAUUCCCAUGGCGUCCUUCGUUCGUCCUUCCCUAUCUACAUCCACCCUUUCUUCUUCUUCCUCCGCCGUCCCUCGUCUCGCCUCUCACAACGACUCCCGGAGGAAGAUCACCUUUUUCCAUCUUGCCACUGUGAGUCCACAAACACAGUUAUCAACCCUAAAAUCUUCUAAGUUUUCGAGAGGAGUGGAAGUGACAAUUGCAGCUCGAGCUACUGGAAAUGUUGCUCAAGAGACCGAAGAAGAUACAUUGGAUUGGAUACAACAAGACAAGAGGAGAAUGCUUCAUGUCGUUUAUCGUGUUGGAGACAUGGACAGGACAAUAAAAUUCUAUACUGAGUGUUUGGGGAUGAAGCUGUUGAGAAAGCGUGAUAUACCUGAGGAGAGAUACACAAAUGCUUUUCUAGGAUAUGGUCCUGAAGAUUCUCACUUUGUCAUAGAACUCACUUACAAUUAUGGAGUUGACAAGUAUGAUAUUGGAGCUGGUUUUGGACAUUUUGGUAUUGCAGUUGAAGAUGUUACAAAAACAGUAGACCUCAUAAAGGCAAAAGGUGGAAAAGUUACCAGGGAACCUGGUCCUGUCAAAGGUGGCAAAACUGUAAUUGCAUUCAUUGAGGAUCCUGAUGGCUAUAAAUUUGAACUUCUCGAAAGGGGACCAACCCCGGAACCCUUAUGCCAAGUAAUGCUUCGCGUUGGUGAUCUUCAACGGUCUAUAGAGUUUUACAAGAAGGCACUUGGUAUGGAGCUUCUCAGGUUACGGGAUAAUCCAGAAUACAAGUAUACUAUAGCGAUGUUAGGAUAUGGUCCAGAAGAUAAAAGUGCUGUUAUGGAGUUGACAUAUAAUUAUGGAGUGACUGAAUAUGAUAAAGGAAAUGCUUAUGCACAGAUAGCAAUAGGCACAGACGAUGUUUAUAAAACAGCAGAAGUAAUUAAACGAAAUGGUGGAAAGAUAACUAGAGAGCCUGGUCCCUUACCGGGUAUCAACACAAAGAUCACAGCUUGCCUCGAUCCUGAUGGAUGGAAACUGGUUUUUGUUGAUAACAUCGACUUUCUGAAGGAAUUGGAGUAAUUUAAGGCGUUGGCAAAGGUUAGACUUGAUUUUGUAGAUACAUAUAUAUGACUCCAAUAAUGGCCAUUUAUGGAUGUAAACCCAAAAAUACAAGACAAAACUAAUGUGUUGUUUAAUGGAAUAUUCUAAUUUUUUUU